AAAUUUUUAGUCUCACGAGUAGGUAAGUAAAAGCAAAAUGGCAGACAAGCCAAUAAAAAAUGAGAAAGAGAACAACAGAGGCCAAGACCGCCCGAGAGAGGUACCCCAGACUGGUGGCAGCGUGCCGGCAACCACCGAUUUGGAGCUUUUACCAGAGCCAGAUCUGCAGCUCCUUAGCCUCGCCGACUUUUAUGGUGGCAGCCAACUAUCUGAACCGGAGCAGCAACAGCUGCCCCCCAACAAGGACGCCAAACAAACCGUGGUAGAGAAGCUUCUGCAGUUUUUGGAACAAAACGAUUGCCCGGAUUUGCUUGUUCGCGUUGGCAAACGAGAGUUCAAUUGCCAACGAACAAUUUUGAUAUGCUACACCGACUAUAUGUCUCAGUUCCCUGAUCAGCACGAGGUUCAACUGCCUGUAGAAAAGGUGACUCCCGUGGGCUUUGAGAUAGCCUACAGAUGGAUGGUGGAACGCGAGCCUGUCGUGGAGAAGGAGCACAUUGUAGAGCUGCUAGCCGCUAGCACAUUCCUGGAGGUGACGGAUUUGGUUCAGCAGGUCUGGUACUGCCUCGAUCAAAUGGAAGAGUUUUACGAGGCAGAUGCCUUCAUGGUGGCUACUGCAGCGGAACGUAUUCCUGGCUUUCAGCAUCUAGAGGCACUCAUGAUGCAGCGUAUUUCCCGCUUCUUCCUGACGCUCGUCGCCACUGCAGAGUUUGUCCGCUUGCCGGCAUCUAGCGUGUGUGCACUGCUCGACUCCGACGAACUAGCCGUCAACUCUGAGAAGGAGGUGUUUUAUGCGGCGGUGCGGUGGCUGGAUCACGAUUGGCCAAACCGGCUUCAGCAUGUGGGCGCAGUAAUGAGCGCGGUGCGGCUGGCCAUGCUGCCCGGUACUUUUAUGUCGCAGCUACGGCAGCCGCUGGGCGAUGAAGAAGUAGAUCGUGUAACUGAAACAGCUGAGUUCAAACAGGCACUGUCUGAGGCUUGCUUUGCUCAAACUCUGAUGUACUACAGCGACGAGUCCAUACCUUUCAGUCAGGUUUAUCGCACAUUUGAUAUGGAACCGCCCGUGCCCCGUAAGUUCAUCUACCAUGAUCUCUGCUCCUACCACAAACAGGAUCCGAACUCGCCGCAAGAUUCGUUCAACUAUAAGCAGUUCCUCGCCUACCUGCGAGUGCUUCAGACAUGCCAUGGUGCCUGGAAUGCCUUGGUGCCCCGAGUCCUCAAGCAUUACAAGCCCUGCUGAUGCUGCAGGCAUUCUGUUGUUCAACCGCAUGCGCUCAGGUAAACACCAAAAAACCAUUUUUCUACUCAACAUUGUCGACCGGCGCGUUAUUGUGGCUGUGGCUGAGUCUGAUGAUCAGUUUGUUGCUUUUGUUGCCGCAUUUACAUCAAAUUUGCAUUAUAUAGCGGUGGUGGUGCGCGGCUCAUUUACGUACAUAUGUGUAUGUGCAUGGGUUUGUGUAUUUCCACUUCCGUUGAAUUUAACGGAAGUUGCGCAUUGUCGAGUUCCACGCGUCCGAGGCCUGUUCGAGCAAUAGGGAGUUUACUAUUUCUGUACCCCGUCUCAGAAAAACAUACAUAUACAAGUAGAACAUAAUUUGUUAAUUAAUUUCUCCUAAAUUUAAUAAAAUAGUAUCUGAAAAAAAA